AUGGGCGUCCAGAAGACCAUCAUCAGCGAAGGCUCCGGCCCCUCGCCCAAGCGCGGCGACCGCGUUACCAUGGAGUACACCGGCUGGUUGCGCACGGCCGAUGGCGGCAAGGGCAAGCAGUUCGACUCCAGCGUCGGGCGUGGUGACUUCGAGACGGCGAUUGGUGUUGGACGCGUCAUUCAGGGCUGGGACGAGGGUGUGCCCACGAUGAAGCUCGGCGAGAAGGCCAGACUCGAUAUCAGCAGCGACUACGCCUACGGGAGCCAGGCUGUUGGAGGGAAUCUGAUCCCCGCCAACUCGGCUCUCAUCUUUGACGUCGAGCUCAAGAAGAUCAACUAA